CUGCUGUGCGCUGCCGGCUCUGCUACGUCAUUGUUGCGCUGAGAGGCGGCCGUUAUGACAGCUAAAGUUGGUUAACCGUCCCUUCACAAGUGAGCUGCUGCCUUCGGGAAGGAACCCUUGGAAAUGGACCCGGUUGUGCUGAGUUACCAAGACAGCCUGCUCAGACGCUCAGACGUGUCCCUCUUGGAUGGCCCACACUGGCUCAACGACCAGGUAAUUGGUUUCGCGUUUGAGUACUUUGCCACAGAACGUUUCAAGAGCCUGGGCGAAAUGGUAUGUUUCAUCAGCCCUGAGGUCACCCAAUUCAUCAAGUAUGCAUCCUGCCAAGAGGAGCUCGCCCUUUUUCUGGAGCCGCUGAGACUUGCAUCCCGUCACUGGGUCUUCUUGGCCGUUAACGACAACUCCAACCAGACCGCUGGUGGCUCCCACUGGAGCCUGCUCCUCUAUCAGCGCAACACAGGCCAUUUCUCUCACUACGACUCCCAGAGUGGAGGCAACUCCUUGCAUGCACGGCGCAUCGCUGCCAAGCUGGAGACAUUCUUGAGCACUGGAAUUAAAGUGCCCUUUGUGGAAGAAGCGUGUCCCUCUCAGCAGAACAGCUAUGACUGUGGCAUGUACGUCAUCUGCAACACAGAAGCUCUCUGUGAGAGUGCUCGGCGAGAGAGCUGUGCUCACCUUCCUGCCCAGACAAUCACACCUACUUACAUCACAAGGAAACGGACAGAAUGGCACUCCCUCAUCCAAAGAUUGGCUAAGGACUGAAUUGAUACCCUCUAGUUUCACCUCGCCCCUCAGUGGGUAGCAGCAGUGAGUAGCUUUUUCUGAGCUGCUUUUGGUAGUGAGCAAAGUGAAUACUUGCAGUAAUAAUUUUCUCCUACGUCUGCGGCGCAGCAGUCACAGUAGUUGGAGGUUUAAAGCAUGCAUCAAUCAGAGGAAACUCUGCCUAACUCAUCUCAACACAAAUGCAGUGCACUUAUAUUCAUACAUCCAUGAGAGGGUGGAAACUGAUGGUAAAUAUAGUCAGCUAACAGCACAAUAACAGACUGUGAACAUAGACUGUUAAAUACAAGUAGAUGAAAGAAGUGAGUAUGGCCACUUCUGUGACGUGUUAAAAUGAAUGUGAUGCUUGUUUACAAGACCUUUUGCUCAGGGUUAUUUUAAGAAGAAAAAAGCGAGAGAAUAUGAUCUGUGUUCAGAAACAGGUUCGUACUGUUCGAAACAAUGUUCAUCAAUUCCUUGUGAACACUGAGCCUAAUAUGUGAGCUCAAGUGCUAGCUGCAAUGCAGAAACAAUUUUCUGCUGCCAAAAAAUGUGUGCAUUUUAAGCCUAAAAAGUAUAGAUUCUUACAUUAGAGUACAAGUGCAUUGAUGCUCUCAACAGACAAAAUGCUUUCUGUCUUCACACCAGCAAAUGCAUGACCUUUUGUACUCCUGGUUGUUCUCAUCAGCUCACCAUUUCUCAAAAUAAACCAUCAACUGUAUAGAAGGAAACAAAAGCUUGUAUUGUGUGCAUAGAACCAUAGUAAUAAUGACCAUUUAAGAUGUUUUUGUUAUUAAUUCUAGUUGCAAGUUGCAACUAAAGUCUGGAAUGGUGUUUGGAUUAUUUGACAGACAGCAUAAACAAUGGAAGAAUAAAUAUUUGAUUAACUAUGACAAUUUAA